GGGAAGUGACGCCACGGAUAAAGUGGCGCCGGAGUAGGUGCCACCGGAGCGGGACGCGCGCGGUAUGGCGGAAGCGGAAGGGAAUUCGCCGCUCCUGUUGCCGCCGCCGCCACCCCCGCCCGGAAUGGCGGAAGUGGAGGCACCAACGGCGGCCGAGACGGACAAGAAGCAAUUUAACUGCUCCGGCGUCGGCACCAUGGACGUGGAGCGGAGCCGCUUCCCUUACUGCGUGGUGUGGACGCCUAUCCCGGUGCUCACGUGGUUUUUCCCCAUCAUCGGCCACAUGGGCAUCUGCACAUCCACAGGAGUCAUUCGGGACUUCGCUGGCCCCUACUUUGUCUCGGAAGACAACAUGGCCUUUGGGAAGCCUGCCAAGUCCCCCGUCUCUAGGCUCCACUACCAAGCCAUUCCUCUCACAGCAGCCAGAGGGCGCUCUGACCUCCCAGCUCUCCCUGGCCUGAGAACCUUUGGGGUCUCUCCCAGCUCGAGGUACUGGAAGUUGGACCCUGCUCACGUAUACGCUAGUGGGCCCAAUGCGUGGGACACAGCUGUGCACGACGCCUCUGAGGAGUACAAGCACCGCAUGCAUAAUCUGUGCUGUGACAACUGCCACUCGCAUGUGGCGUUGGCUCUGAACCUGAUGCGCUACAACAACAGCACCAACUGGAACAUGGUGACGCUCUGCUUCUUCUGCCUGCUCUACGGGAAGUACGUCAGUCUCGGGGCCUUCGUGAAGACCUGGCUGCCCUUCAUCCUCCUCCUGGGCAUCAUCUUAACUGUCAGCCUGGUCUUUAACCUGCGGUGAUGGCUGCCCGUGGCCCUGGACCCACCAGCCUCCUGAGGAGGCACCUGCCGCCCCUCUCGGUUCCAGAUCCUUUCUCCUUACCCCGAAAGGCAGGGAUGGACCUGCUGGUUUUGACGCAGGGUGUGGGCUAGGUGGGACGGAAUAGGACUGAGGAUGAGCGUGGGGCGGGGGCGUUGGUGUGUUGUGUCUCACUGGUCACUCAGAAGUUCCCUGUCCCUCCUUCCCACGCUUGUGACCCCAGCCUUGAGGGCAUCCUCCUUGUUCAUCUGGUGGAAAGGCCUUAGCUUCCCUUUGUAGAGCUGCUCCUGCCAUUGUGCUGGGCUCCCUCUGCCUCAGCCCAGUGCCUGGUGGGGGACGGGAGGACAUUUGGACCCACCAGACAAGGCAACACGGGCCAGAGCUAGAUUUGGAGCCUGUCCUGCCAGGGCUCCGGUCCUGAGGUGGGUGGGGUACACUAAGGAGUCCCCAUAAGCUAAGCUGCCCUGGGGCUUUUACCACUGGCCUCUAGAAUGGUUCACUAGGGCUGGGUGGGCCCCCAUUUCUGAUGUUUGCCAGAAGCUGCACUACGGGUAGUUUGUGCCCCACCUCCUGGGGUCCUCCAGCCCACACAGCCCCCUCUGUCCGCCCUCCCAGGGCCUCCGAGUACUUGGGCUCAUUUCUCCCCAUAGUGGGGGCCUAGGCUUCCCCAGCCAGGCUGGAGAGAUGAGUGACGCUCAUGUGUCCAGAGUAACCCCCUGUAGAUCAGAGCAAUGUAAACAAAGCUGGGUCCCGGCCCCCGGUGUGGGCCUUACACUGGUGAUGGCACCCCAUGGGUCCAAGAUGUUGGGUGCCCUCAGAGCAGCCAGCACCACCAGGGAGUUGAAGGGGAGCUGUUUCCUCCCACCCACCACGUCUCCCUUCUCUUCAAGUUGUGGGAAGGGCCUAUGCUGCCCCCUCACCCUGCUCCAUGGAUCCCUUUGUGUGGGGCUUCCUGGACAGGACAAUAAAGUUUUAACUCCAGUCAGUGCCUUGUCUUUG